UCUGCGUUAUCAGUGGGGCCUGCGUGCACGUCGUGCUGUCUCUAUCGGCUUUUCGUCGGUGAUGGAAAACACUCGCUGCUUUGCCAACCGUUUCUCCGACUACAAAGGUGCGCUGCUCCCGGGCCAGGGCGCCGAAGCUGCCGUGCCCGUCGUGGUCGCCAGCAUAGAUAAAAUCCUUAAAACUGUUCCCAUCGACCUCAGCGACUGCGACGGAGGGCUAUACGAUGGGCCGGCCGGGGUGGCUUACAUGCUGUAUCACGUCAGCGAGUGCCCGCUGUUCUCCGAGUACCGGGAUGUCUACCUGAAGACUGCCAAGCAGAUCAUCGACAUAUCGGUCAGAUACGUGGAUGCGGAGCCGGACAAAAACAUGCGUGCCGCCUUCCUGCUCGGCGGGGCGGGCAUCUACGCUGUGGCCGCUAUGAUCUACAAGUCCCUGGGCUUGGCUGAUUUCGUGAAGCCGCUGACUAAAUUCCGUAACCUGUGGGAGGUGUGCGCGCCCAUUCAUUUUCUGGAGUGCGGCUCGGAUGAGCUGUUUGUAGGGCGGGCUGGGUACCUGUGCGCCGCCCUGGUCCUCAAACAGAAGCUGGGCAUAGAGAUUCUGAGCAAAGAUCAAAUCAAAUCAAUUUGCCAGGCCAUCAUCGAGUCAGGAAAACAGUAUGCCAGGAAGAAGAGAAAGCCUUUCCCCCUCAUGUACUCGUACUAUGGAACAGAAUACCUCGGUGCGGCCCACGGCCUUUCAUCAGUGCUGCAGAUGCUGCUGAGCUACCAAGACAUGCUCAGCGGGGCUGAGAAGGAUCUUGUGUGGCAGAGCGUCGAUUUCCUCAUGAAUCAGGAGCAAAACUGUAACUGGCCUGCAGAGCUGGGAGCCAUCAUCGAAAGGGAGAACGAGCUGGUGCACUGGUGCCACGGAGCCCCAGGUGUGGCGUACCUUUUCGCAAAAGCCUAUCUGAUCAAUAAGAAGCCACAGUACUUGGAUACAUGCAUUAGAAGUGGAGAACUCGUAUGGCAGAAAGGUCUGCUGAAGAAAGGUCCUGGGAUUUGUCACGGAGUUGCGGGCAGCGCAUAUGUCUUCCUCCUGCUUUAUCGGCUCACAGGCAACUCCAAAUACAUCUACCGUGCUCAGAGGUUUGCAGAGUUCCUCUUCACUGAGGAAUUCAAGGCAGGCUCUCGCUCAGUGACCAGCAUCUACAGUCUGUUCGAAGGCCUGUCGGGGACCGUUUGUUUCCUGGUCGACCUCCUGCAGCCAGACCAGUCAGAGUUCCCUCUGUUCAGUGUCUUUGUGUGAAUGGACCCCAGGUUACUGCUGUUCACUGACCUGAAUAGACCCCGCCCCUUUCCCAGUGAAAUCGCUAAACAACUUAUAGAAACUUUAGAGUCAGGAUUGAUACCGUGAUCAGAACGGGAGUGAAGAGAUGAAUGGUUUUUGUUUGGGCUUUAGAUCAAAAUCACACAGAGGAAAGUUGCUGUAGAAAAAUUGCCUUUUUUCUGUUCGAAUGUUGAGCUUUGAGGCUUUAUCCGAUGCAUGGCACUCACAAAAACAUUGCCCAUUUCUGUCUAUAAUGUUGUCAAUAGUGAUGGAGGUCUAUAUGAGAUGUCCGUUGGGCGUAUACAUCAAUAAAUCUGCUUGGGGACAAUUAACAAAAAACAAAGAUGCUUCUUGUAACUCCAGAUUCGUCUGAGAAUCAUCAAGUUUGCUUCUGUAUCGUAAAAGUAAUGCAGUGAUAGUCGUGAGUGCAUCCAUGGGUACAGUGCAAUAUUUUUAAUGGUGUAAACAAAUAUAGGCUAAAAACAACGUGGCUCAAAGUUGCAGGGCCGCAACUAACUCACUGACUCCGCUAACACUAAGCUGUACUUCUUGUUUACAUCACCCAAAGCGCCCGAGUUGUUCCGUCUGUGUUGUCGUCUGCUUUAUCAGGGUCACACUAAGAAAAGAGCCCAGCACUAAAGUACAGAGAUGAGAAACUGAGAUAUUCUUCCAAGAUGCUGCUCUCAGGUCAGAAACACACAAGCUAUUUACACAUAAAAGUAAAAGGCAAUCACACCCCUGUCACACACACAAAAAAAUCGAAAACAGAAAAACGAGUGUCACAUAAAUGCCUUUAAAAUUUUUCUACCAGUUUACCAGCUCACAUAUCGCAGACCUUUGAGUUCAUGUGUUUAGGGUACGUAACCGCAAACUAUAAAGAUCAUCAAAGCUGGGUGGGGAGGUACAGAAGGGAUGUAACUGGUGUUUAUCGACAAAAUAAAAGUAACACUUUGUUUCCGCUGUGCUGUUCUCACUCAUUGGAGCUGAGGUUACACCCUGUACCAGUGUGACAGACAUUUGUGUCUAUUGAUAUUUCAAAACUAUGUUAGCUACUGUGUGGGUAUUUUCAAAGUGAUCAAUAUGUUGUGAUUUGUUUCAACUUUUACCCUAUAGAUAAUAGAUAGUCUGUACCUUUCUGACGGAGACGGAGGAGAAAAGAACAAAGUGUGCUGUCGAUGUGAGAAUUUUACUUUCGUCCAACUCAGUCCGUUUCAUGAGGCGACUCUUUGUGUGGUGGAUUUCUUUAGCUAAAUGCGCAAAUGUGGCCUUAAAAACAAAUUUCUAGCUCUCAGAUAUGAUAUCACAUCUCUCAGAGUAUAAGAAGGCAGAGAAUACAGGAAACUGAAAAUGCUUUGGGAAGCUUGUAUGAACAUGCGGCUCGUGUUGAUUAAAAAAAGGCCUGUGAAUAACAGCAAACCAAAGCAGUUUCCCAACGUUAACUGAGCCGGUUGUGAAACAUUUACAAGCUGUACAUGUGUGCUGCUGUUUUUCAUUUGCAAUCCAAGCUGUUUAAAACAACACCUGCUACUGGAUUAUUGAUACCAAUAAAGUGUCCAGAUGACAAAAUAAUA